AUGCACUCACCACAAAUACAAAAUUGGUUAUAUUUGACUACUACUAUACUAUCUUCAGUAUUUGUAAUAUUACCAAUUAGUUUUAUAACGUAUAAUAAAUAUUAUAAUACUUUAAUUCCAUUAUCAAAUUCACCUUUAAUAAAUUUAAGAUUUAAUGAGUUGGAAAAUGAAGGGAUGUUUUAUAAUUUGAGAGGUGAAAACAAUAAUAUAUUAGUUUCAAAUUUAAUAAGUACUACAAAUUUUGAAAAUUUCAAAUUUGAUGAUCAAUCUCCUUAUAUUUUCAAGAUCAAAUUAAAUUUAUAUUGUUCAAAAAGUUUACAACAUACAAAAUGUAUAAAUAAGGUGGAUUAUAUAUUCAAUUCAACUUUAAGAAAUUCAUUUAUCUUGGAUUGUGAUCCAGUUGCUGUAUAUUCAAAUAAAAAUCAAUUUAUACCGUACGGUGUUAAGAAUUAUAUACCUUCAACUAUGAUAAAUUUUCAAAAAAGUAAUGAAAUUGAAUUAUCAAUAUUUGAAGUUAUGGGUAAUCAAUUGAAUUCAGAGAAUAAUAAUUUAAAAGUGAUUGAAAAAGAUCAAAAUUUUAAUUACAAUAAACUAUAUUUAAAUAAUAUUGAAAAUUAUAUAAUUGAUGAUAAUGAAAGUUUUGCAUGGUUUGAAAUAAAAUGGACAGGAUUUAGAUAUUAUUUAGUUAAAUAUUAUUAUUUAUUUUAUGUUAUUGGAACUUUAAUAUUUUGGGUUAUUGGAAGUUCAACUUCAAUUUUAAUGGGAUAUUUUAUGUUAUAUAAAACAAUUCAAAAAAUGGAACAAAAAAGACAAGAAAAUAGAGAUAAAGAGAAUAUGGAAUUUGAUUUUAGAUAUAAAAGUCCAAUUAUUAAACAAGAACCAAUUUAA